AUGCGUGUCAAGCUGCUGAGGUACUGGCUGAAGCGCUACGGGCACAAGCGCUGGUUCCCCAAGUACGUGGAUCAGUCUGGUGCCAAGGGCCAGACCGGGCUCUUCCGUGGAUUGGCAGCAUGGUCUGGCUACGACCCUCUGAAUGAGGAGCGUGGCAAGACCUGGAUUGAGGCCGACUACGGCAAGCCUUUGAUUAAGGACAAGAAAGACUUGCAGCUGCCCGGCCUCCUCACCAAGGAGCAGAUGCAGAAGGAGCUGGACAGCGGCAAGCUGAACCCUCCCAAGAACUGA